AAGACAAUAACACAUCCAAAAACACCCAGCAAAGACAGAGAAACCUCUCAGGCUUUCACACAUAUCUCUAUACCCCCCCUUCCCUCUCCCUAUAAAUAUAUACUAAACUAAGCAUGUAGUUGUCUUAAAUAAAAAUUUGAUAUAUUAAUCCAAAUCUCAAAGCCCUCAAAAUUCUUAUUCUCUUGCAUAGAAAGAAAGAAAGAAAGAAAGAAAGGAACUAACUGAAGGAUCUCUCUCGGAUUCAGAAACUCAAAAAAACAUUAAAACCCAACUUCACAAAAAGCUAAGUUCCAUCUAUUUUCUUGCAUUGCCAAACACAAACUACAAAAAACACACAUAAACCUUGUAAUAAAAAGACCCCCAUCUUGUUUUGUUUUCUCUUAAAAUUUGUUAAAGCUCAAGUCUUCUCUUCACUUCCCUCUAUUCAGGGAUAGAGAGGGUGAGUAAGUGAGAGGUGAAGUUUUGUUGGCUUGAUUGUUGGUGUACUAAAGGGUUUUUCUUUCCUCUUUUUUUUGAUGAUUUCCUUUGUUUGGUUGUUCAGAUAGCAUAGGAAAAAGAAAUAAAUCAGCAUCUAGAAAUCGCUCUUUUUUGCUUUCCUUUUUGCAUAACUUUUGUGGGAGUUUAGAUUCAUAGGGAAAAGAAGAGUUUGUGGUUGAAGAAAAUGAUGUUUUUUUUAUAAGUAUUAGGAUUUGCUCUUUUUAUAUAUUUAUUUAGAGAACUGAUGAUGUGACAAUACAAGAUUCUUAUUUUGAUUUUUGUAGCUUUGGGUUGUUGUAGAAUCAAAUGUUUGAAUAGUACUGUUAUUGCCAUCGGUUAAUUGGGUCCUUCUAAAAAGAAGUAUUUGAGGGCAAAUUUUUCUAUUCUUAUUGCAGUGAGGAUUGCAGUUUUUAUUUUUUAUGUAUAUAUAUAUAUAUACACACGAUACGAUUGCCAUUGAGAUAUUGUAAAAUUUGAAGAAAGGCUAAGUCUACUGAAGAUAAUGGAAUGUUUGAGCUAGAGAAAAAUUGGGCCUUGAAGAUUUGAUUUAAUUAGUCCUUUGCUUUCAAAUUGUGGUUUUGGGAUGGGCUGCAAGUGUUCAAAGCUUACUAAGUGUUGUUGGAGCUCUGGCUAUAAUGGAUCAGUUCCCGAGGACAGCAAUGAGGUUAAUGAAGAGAAGAGUGAACUUGACGAUUUGCCUGCAUUUCGUGAAUACAACAUCGAAACCCUAAGGAUGGCGACAUCAGGGUUUUCUGUAGAAAAUAUAGUUUCUGAACAUGGGGAAAAGGCUCCAAAUGUGGUUUAUAAGGGGAAGCUUGAGAAUCAGAGGAGGGUUGCUGUGAAACGGUUUAAUAGAUCAGCUUGGCCUGAUGCCAGGCAGUUUUUGGAAGAAGCAAGAGCUGUCGGUCAGCUCCGGAACCAUAGGUUGGCAAAUUUACUUGGCUGUUGUGGUGAAGGGGAUGAGAGGUUACUUGUUGCAGAGUUUAUGCCCAAUGAUACAUUAGCCAAACACUUAUUCCAUUGGGAAACACAACCAAUGAAAUGGGCAAUGCGACUUAGAGUGGCUCUACAUCUUGCGCAAGCUCUAGAAUAUUGUACCAGCAAGGGACGUGCUCUGUACCAUGAUCUGAAUGCGUAUAGAAUUGUCUUUGAUGAUGAGGGCAACCCUAGACUUUCAUGCUUUGGCCUGAUGAAGAACAGGAGAGAUGGAAAAAGUUACAGUACAAACUUGGCAUUUACUCCUCCUGAGUAUCUGAGGACGGGAAGGGUAACACCAGAAAGUGUAAUUUAUAGCUUUGGCACCCUUUUGUUGGACCUUCUUAGUGGGAAACAUAUUCCUCCCAGCCAUGCACUGGACUUAAUAAGGGACAGAAAUAUUCAAAUGCUGACAGAUUCUUGCUUGGAAGGCCAGUUUACAAAUGAUGAUGGAACUGAGUUGGUGCAGUUAGCUUCACAUUGUUUACAAUAUGAGCCCCGGGAGCGACCAAAUUCAAAGUCUUUAGUUGCUGCUUUGAUUCCUCUUCAGAAGGAUACCGAGGUUCCUUCUCAUGAAUUGAUGGGGAUACAAGAUGGUGCUGCAGCAUUACCUCUUUCACCACUUGGCGAGGCUUGUUUAAGAAUUGAUUUGACUGCCAUAUAUGAGAUUUUAGAAAAGCUUGGGUAUGAAGAUGACAAGGGUACAGCUACUGAGGUCUCAUUCCAGAUGCGGACCAACCAGAAGCAGGAAACAUUAAAUACGAAGAAGGGAGACGUUGCUUUCCAGCACAAAGAUUUUAUAGCUGCCACUGAAUUCUAUUCCCAGUUCAUUGAUGUUGGAAACAUGGUUUCCCCAACCGUUCAUGCACGCCGAAGUCUAUCCUACCUCAUGACCAACUUGCCCCAGGAGGCCCUAAAUGAUGCACUGCAAGCCCAGGCAAUAUCCCCUAUUUGGCAUAUUGCAUCUUAUUUACAAGCAGUAGCUCUUUUUGUGCUGGGAAGGGAGAACGAAGCACAAGCGGCUCUAAAAGAGGGAUCAACUCUAGAAAAUAAAAGGAGCACAAAUGCCUGAUAGUACAAGGACAAGGGUCAAAGUAAAUCUCUUCUUUUCCUUAAGUCGAACACCAAUGGUGAACACAAGCUUAAUUUCAAGUCGGGACGAUCCAGGGCUUGUUUGAGUUUUGACCUCACAGCAAAAAAAAAUGGCUGUAAAUUGCCUCAAUCUUCUGCAUGCUUUGAUUGGUUGUCAUCUUGAAGAAUUAUUUUGGAACAUUAUUUGAUGGGUUAGGUUUGGUCAGUUUGCUGGGUGUUUGCCAUAUUAGUCACUCAUGCAGAUAUGAAGGAUACUCUUGCUUCUGCUGCUGACCAUUUCCAAUACAGAAAUCUUGAGGAAUAAUUAAGACAUUCUUGAGACAGAUUACAUGUUUGUAGAGGGAAUCAACUGCUGUUUCAAAUUGCUUUUGGAGGGUGAAUAGAAAAUGUUAUGGCAAUCCAUGUAAUUUAUGUACAGUGUCAUUGGUUGUGGCUGCAUAAGCAGAGGUGGUAUUGGUGUUCAUUUAUGUUAAGUUUUUUAAUCAAAUAUUUUUGCUUUUCAGCCA